AUGAUGCACCACAUAGGUUCAUGGUGCACCAUUGCGGAUCUUAAUGCACCACUCAAGUUGUUAGGUAUGCUAGGGGUGCUUAAUGUAGUCCAAGGAUGCUAUGAAGUUAAAGUCAAGAAAGCCUCUCGACCUCUGUCAGCAAUUGAAAGUCAUUAUGUAUAUGUCGCCAUUGUUACUUACGAUAGCAAAGCCAUUGUUAUCAAUGGCGAAAGAAGAAUUCUCAUCUCUGGUUCCAUACAUUACACAAGAAGCACCCCUGAGAUGUGGGAAGAUCUUGUAAUGAAGGCGAAAGAUGGAGGGCUUGAUGUGAUUGAUACUUACGUGUUUUGGAAUGUUCAUGAGCCGUCUCCCGGCAAUUAUAAUUUUGAAGGGCGAUAUGAUCUAGUGAAGUUCUUGAAGACAGUGAAAAAAGCAGGGAUGUAUGUUCAUCUUCGAAUCGGACCUUAUAUUUGUGCAGAAUGGAAUUUUGGAGGAUUUCCAGUUUGGUUGAAGUAUGUUCCCGGGAUUAGUUUCAGAACCGAUAAUGAGCCAUUUAAGAAUGCCAUGAAAGGGUUCACUGAGAAGAUUGUGAAUUUGAUGAAGAGUGAAAAGAUGUUUGAAUCUCAAGGAGGCCCAAUUAUUCUUUCACAGAUUGAAAAUGAAUAUGGAUCGAAUUGGGGACAGGUGUCCCAUGGGUCAUGUGCAAACAAGAUGAUGCCCCCCGAUCCCAUUAUUAACACAUGCAACGGUUUUUAUUGCGAUGAAUUUUCACCCAACAAGCCAUACAAACCCACAAUUUGGACCGAGGCUUGGAGUGGAUGGUUCACGGAAUUUGGCGGUCCGGUCUACGAGAGGCCGGUUCAAGAUUUGGCAUUUUCCGUUGCGCGGUUCAUACAAAAGGGCGGAUCGUUCUUUAAUUACUACAUGUAUCAUGGAGGCACAAACUUUGGUCGUUCUUCUGGAGGCCCAUUCAUCACUACUAGUUACGAUUAUGAUGCUCCACUUGAUGAAUAUGGUUUAAUCAGGCAACCAAAAUAUGGUCAUUUAAAAGAGCUUCACAAAGUCAUUAAGGAAUGUGAGCUUGCUUUAGUUUCAUCAGAUCCUAUUAUCACCUCUUUAGGAAGCCUCCAACAGGCUCAUGUAUUCUCUCCUAAAUCACAAUGUGCAGCUUUUUUGUCAAAUUAUGACCCGAAUAAUGUUGCAAAAGUGACAUUUAAUAAUGUGCAUUAUACAUUACCCCCUUGGUCUAUUAGUAUCCUACCUGAUUGCAAAAAUGUUGCUUUUAAUACAGCCCAAAUUGGAGUUGAAUCAACCAAAAUGGAGAUGUUAUGGAGUGAUUCAAAUAUGUUUUCAUGGGAGACAUAUAAUGAAGAUUUAAAUAUUGUUGAUGAAAGUUCUAUAAUUACUUCAAUGGGUUUAUUAGAACAAAUUAAUAUAACAAGAGAUACUAGUGAUUAUCUUUGGUAUACAACUAGUGUUGAUGUUGAUUCAUCUGAAUCUUUUUUGCAUGGAGGAGAGCUUCCAAAGCUUUUGGUGCAAUCAAGGGGACAUGCUCUUCAUGUGUUUAUAAAUGGAGAAUAUUCAGGUUCUAGUUUUGGAACAAGAAAACAUAGGAAAGUUAUGUAUAAAGAAAAGAUCAAUUUACAUGGUGGAAUCAAUAAAAUUGCACUACUUAGUGUUGCCAUGGGAUUACCGAAUAUUGGUGGACAUUAUGAAACAUGGGAAACUGGAGUUUUAGGUCCAGUGGCUUUGUAUGGUUUCGACAAAGGAAAACGGGACUUGUCGUGGGUCAACUGGAGUUACAAGGUUGGUCUAAAGGGAGAGUCCAUGAAUCUCAUCUCCUCAAAUCCUACAUCUUCUGUCACAUGGACUCAAGAUUCUUUAAUCACACAAAAACAGCAACCAUUAACAUGGCAUAAGGCUUACUUCAAUGCACCAAAGGGUGAUUCACCAUUGGCUCUUGACAUGAAUAGUAUGGGAAAAGGUCAAGCAUGGGUCAAUGGUCAAAGCAUAGGAAGAUAUUGGACAACUUUUGCUUCUGGUAAUUGCCAAGGGUGUCAUUAUGCUGGGACCUACCGCCCGUUGACUUGUCAACUCGGGUGUGGUCAACCAACCCAAAGAUGGUAUCAUGUGCCUAGAUCUUGGUUAAAACCAAAAAAUAAUUUAUUGGUGAUUUUUGAAGAACUUGGUGGGGACCCCACUAAGGUUUCACUAGUGAAAAGAUCAAUAACAAGUAACUAACAACAAUUUGGAUUUGAGAAUUUAGUCUUUAUUAAUAUUGUUGUUGACCAAUUUGUACAAUAAUAGAGGAGGAUAUAGAUACUUUGUCAUGGUGUGUUUUGUGUAAGUGUUGUAAUGGGAGAUAAGAUGAAUCCCUAUAAUUAGUUUAUUUGUUUAGGAGUUGAUUUUUUUUAUAGUGAAAGUGAGUGAUUUAGGAAGGAAUAAAUUGGUUUGUACAAUUGAAUCCCAUAUUUUUGUUGUUGGAAUGCACUUUUGGCAU